CAUGAAAAUGACACCGAUGUCACCUGCUGGUAGUUUACUAUUACUGCAGGUUGGAGUUCAUUGUCCCUCUCGCGAUAUUUGUGCACUGCCUGGACCUCAAACAGGAAGUAAGACAUGGCGUCAGUGUUCGGUGGAGUAGAGGGUGGAGGGACCCACUCCAAAGCGGUGCUGGUGGCAGAAGAUGGAAGGAUCCUGGCCGAGACAAAGGGGCCAUCCACUAACCAUUGGUUGGUUGGGGUGGACAAAUGUAUUGAAACCAUCAACGACAUGGUCCAAAAAGCCAAGAAGGAGGCAGGGCUGGAUCCGAACACGGCACUGUGCUCGUUGGGCAUGUCUCUGAGCGGAGGGGAGCAGAAAGCUGCCAUCGACAAACUGAUUGCCGACAUGAAGCAACGUUUCCCAACUCUCAGCCAGCACUACUUCAUCACCACGGAUGCAAUUGGCGCCAUGGCGACCGCCAGCAAUUGCGGAGGUGUUGUGUUGAUAUCAGGGACCGGUUCUAACUGCAAGCUAGUCAAUCCUGAUGGCUCACAGAUCGGCUGUGGAGGCUGGGGUCACAUGAUGGGGGACGAGGGAGGAGCAUUCUGGAUCUCUCACUUGGCGGUGAAGACAGUGUUUGACGCCUUGGACAACCUGGUUGCUCCUCCUCAUGAUGUUACGCAUGUCAGAAAGGCAAUGGAAGAGUACUUUCAGGUGUCAAAUCUGAUGGGGAUGCUGCCACACCUCUACAGAAACUUCCAGAAAUCCCACUUUGCCGGUUUGUGCAAAAAGCUGGCUGAAGGUGCAGACGCAGGGGACGCUCUCUGUCGAUAUGUGUUUACUCAGGCGGGGAGAGUCCUGGCAAAACAUGUGGAAGCAGUUUUACCAGCAGCACAAGAGCCUUUAUUGAGUGGUGACCUCGGCCUCCAUGUUCUGUGUGUGGGGUCAGUUUGGAAGAGCUGGGAGCUUCUGAAGUCUGGGUUCACUGAGGUUUUGGAUGAAGUGGCGUCAUCUGGCAAGUUCAAGGGCCGUUUCCAUGGCUACUGCCUCCUGAUUCUGCAGCAGUCGUCAGCCCUGGGCGGCGCCAGUCUUGGGGCUCAGAGUAUUGACAAAAGGUUAACCAUGGAUUACCACGCUAAUGCCAAAGUCUUCUACAAACACACUUUUAACAGCAUCCAAUGAGACUGCAGCUGCACCUUCUGUGAAUCUUAACCAAUCAAUGUUUAACUAAAGGGAAAUCUUAUUGUACAAUAGAAAGUUCUACGCCUCUCUUAAGAUGAUGUUAAUAAUGAUUGUGUAAUAAUGUGGAUUUUUUCUCACCACAAGAUACCAAGGAGGUGGUUGAACAUUUUCCACAUCUGCAUAAAUUUCAUUUCAUAAAUCUUUGCACUUUCGCAAUACUUGUUUACAUGUAUAAUAAAAUCGACUGUUAAUUGUUAACAGACAACUC